GUGCGAUGUGCCGAUGUCACGUUGGAAAGUAAAAUACACGUUUGAACACUGAAGAUCUCACACUCACUUGUGGAAUUCGUCGUCGAAACCCAAAUGUUUUGAUGCAUUUCGCUAUUGCUUUUUUCGAUUUAUUAUUUUUUCAAAUUAUUUAUUUCAGUAAAUAGUUAUUAUUGACUAUUGUUUACUUCGUAUAUCACUGUAAAACAUAUUAAUUAAGGAAAUAUCAUAUCAUAAGACAGCAAAUUGUUUAUUUUUUUAAAAAUGGCACUUUCAAAACCGGCUGAAUUUUUACAAGGAUUAGUAUUGACCUAUUUGGAACGUUUGAAUUCAAGACCUAUUCGCACAAAGUCAAUUACCAGUUGUAUUAUUGCAUCACUUGGGAAUAUUACUUUACAAAACAUUGCUGGAGCUAAGAUGAUUGACCAGGAUAGUGUUGUGGCUUUUGGAUUAUUUGGUCUUUUAUUUGGUGGACCAGUACCACAUUUUUUCUACGAGUCAUUAGAAAGCACUUUUCCAGAAAAUUCAUCAAAAAUGGUUUUUUUAAAAUUUGGAAUUGAACGUUUAUUAUUUACACCAUUUUAUCAGUUUCUUUCGUUAUAUGUGUUAUCAAGAUUUGAGGGAAAAUCACAUGAAGACACAAUGAAGCAAAUAUAUGCAAUUUACUGGCCUAUAUUAAAGGCAAAUUGGCAGAUUGUCUCGUUGGUGCAGUUCUUCAACCUUAAAUUUGUACCUCCAAUGUUACGAGUGUUAUUCCAUAACAUGGUUGGCUUCUUUUGGGCCAUGUUUAUUACAUACAAAAAACGCAAUGAUGAUUUCAGACGAGCAAAUAUUGUUAAAUAACCAAGGACAAAAAUUAAGAAAUUAUUAUAAAUUUGAUAAUAUGCCUAAAUUAUUUUCAUCAUUAAUUUAUUAACUAAUUUUAAUUAUACAUUAAUUUAUCUGAAGUUUAAUAUUAUAUAACUAUAGUUUUAUUAAACAAAAACUCGGGAUAUGCUCAAAUAGGUGGGUGUUAAGUAAGUUAAGACUUUAGAGAUCAAUGGCUUGUGUUUAGUUUUGUAUUACAUAAUAAUAUUUUUGUACUUAUAGAAUAAAGUAAUUUUAAAAUGUCUAUUAAACGUUAAUUAUUGAAA